ACGAGAUACUUAAUACAACCAAACAAAAAUCUAGAGAGAUAGAGAGAGCAUUUCAAGUUUUCAACGCCAAGCCCUCUCUUAUCAUCCGUACAUAUCUUUCAUUUCGAUCUUCAACUCCUUUUCAAUCUUCAAGUACUCUCUCUAUAUUCAAUAUCUUUAUAAUCAUAUAUAAAUAGGAUAUAGUUUCUACUCAUCAUUUAUAACACAUCUUCUUCAUAACCUCUCUCUCUCUUUCCCCUCAUCGCUCUCUCUUUGCUUUUGGGUUCUAGUUUGUGUGUAUAUACUAUAUGCACAUACACAUACACAUACACAUAGGAAGAUAUGAUGGGUUACGAGCAGAUGAAUCAGAUGACAAUGACGACAACGGCGAUGAUGAAGAAUUUCAAUAAGAGGGGACCGAUCAAUACUCCACAUAAGAAAAUGACGAGGAGAAGUGUGUCGGCCAUUGAUGGUGGUGCGGCGGCCGCAGCUGCGACUGCUGGAGAAGGAGAACGCCGCCGGAAUCUCAAGACUCUUGAUCUUAGCGGCAUGUCCUUGGCUUCUCUCUCGGCCUCUUCUAUCAACUUAGCUUCAAUCUCCAAACUCGAUCUCUCCAACAACAAUAUUCAGAAAAUUCCGGAAUCUCUAGUAGCGAGAAUGUUAAAUUUGUGGGCAUUGGAUUUGCAAUCCAAUCAGCUAAAAACUCUUCCAAACUCCAUUGGAUGUCUUUCCAAACUUAAGUUUCUUAAUGUGUCCGGAAAUUAUCUCCAAUUUCUCCCCAAAACUAUCGAAGAUUGCAGAUCGCUGGAAGAGCUGAACGCCAACUUCAACGAGCUUACAAGGCUCCCAGACGCGAUAGGGUUCGAGCUAAAGAAUCUGACGAAGCUCUCCGUCAACUCGAACAAGCUUGUUCUGUUACCAAACUCCGUUAGCUACUUGACGUCGCUGCGUGUCCUCGACGCGCGGCUAAACCGGCUUAGUUCCCUCCCUGAGGAUCUUGAGAACCUCGUGAACCUUCAGGUCCUUAACGUUAGCCAGAACUUCCAGCACUUGACGACGUUACCUUACUCCGUUGGGUUGUUGAUAUCUCUCGUCGAGCUUGACGUUAGUUAUAACGGAAUUACGGUUUUACCGGACUCCCUCGGCUGUCUUCGCCGGAUUCAGAAGCUCUCUGUGGAGGGUAAUCCCCUCAUUUCCCCACCUUUUGAAGUGGUGGAACAGGGAUUGGAAGCAUUGAAGCAGUACAUGAGCGAGAAAAUGACCGAGUCUUAUAAAAAAACUCCGGCCAAGAAAAAGUCUUGGGGCAUUGGUAAGCUCGUCAAGUACGGCCUGAGCUCUUCUCCGGGGAGAGGAACCGGCCGUGGAGACGGGAGGGAAGGCUUCAUCAAUGUAUCCGAUUAUCGCCAAAUCGAUGGAAUCGCCUCCCCGCGACACGUGUCCCUCUUCAACCCGCGACGCCUCUUGUCUCCACUCUCUGCGUAUUUCUCUCCUCCAAGGUAUUAGCUUCGAUGUGUUUCUGUCUUUUUCAUCUUCUACAUACGAUUUCAAACCUCUAAUUCACUGUUAUAUCCAUGUAGUGUUAAAUUGUUAAAGUUCUUUUUACGUUGUUUUCUGCAUGCUUGGUGUGAGGGUUAAAUCGUAUUAAUUUGUGUAUACGUUUUUUAAAAAAUCUGUAUCAUAGACUUUUCUAUGGCUUUUCUCUUUUCGUUGUAUUUUAGAUAAAUUUUGUUGAACACAUUUGUAAUUUAUGAUAUAGACACACUUAAUAGUGUAGUCCAUGUAUAAUA